AUGUUUCUUCAGCGGUUUUACCAGAGAAUAGUUAGAAUUAGUUUACUGCUUUUAAGUUAGCUGCUAUAAUAGAAGUUGGGUUUUGAUUAAGAUAAGUACUCAAAAUUUCAAGUGAAACAUCAUAGAAAUCAAGUUUAUAAUAGCACAAGGCAAUAUAUACAUUAAUUGCAGCAAAUUCCUUAUUUUCAAGCAAUAAUUUUUUAUAAAUAUCAAUAGCUUCAUCAUGAUGUGAGCGCAAAAAAUGAAUAGCAGCCAAACAUAAUUAAUCUUAGGUACUAUCUGAUAAUUUGUGAUUGUAUUCCAUUAAGCUUGCUUCAUCAUUCUUUUUAUGAGCAAUAUGGAAAAGGAUUCUGUUUUAUAAUUCACAUUCAGGUCCUUUCAAAGCCUAAAGUGCUUACUUCUCUUUUUGCUUCAUCAUAACUGCAAAGAGCAUAAAGACAGCAUGAUUUAUACAAGUGCAAAUCUUUCUUGUAGUCGCUUUUUUUCAUCAUAUCGUCAUAGAUUAAAAUUGCUUUCCUAUUUAGAUAGUUUAAUGAUAUAUUUGUUAGUAUUUUUAUUCAAAGACGAUUUUAUCAGCAUAAUGUUUUAUAAAUUUUAAUUAAAUAGUCGCUUACUUAUAGUCACCAUUAUGGAAACUGCAAUAAGCAUGCCAUAAAGAAGUUUCAUCCUUUACAUCUAGAAAAACAAUCUCAUCUAAUUGAUACCUUCUUUCAUAUUCUAAAUGAACUAUUGCACCAACCCAAUCUCUGCUUUUUAUGUAAUCUUCUAAGAGAGGAAUCUUAUUCUCGACCUAUUUAUUUAUUUUUGAAAAAAAACUUUUGUUUCAUAUUUUAUUUUUUUAUUUUGAAAAUAUCUUCUUUGAUAUUUUGA